AUGCCGAAGAACAACUCCCAAUCCCCAAAGCGGUCACCAAUGGCAAUUGGCAAAUACCGCAGAGCCGAGUUAGCUCAAUUGACCGCAGCAAGGAACAAAGGUCUCAAACACGUCUCGGGAAAGAAAACCGGCACUGCCGGUGGCCUGAACAAUACAAACAGGAAGAGGAAGCCGUCUUUCUCUUCCAUUUCAACGAUCUCCUCGGUUUCUGGCUUGGAAGAAAAUGAUCAAGAUGAAGCGGAUUCUGAGGCAAGUUCUGACGAAGACGAUGAGUCCGCUCAUCGGGCCCCGUCUUACGGAGGCAAGAGCCGUAGAGGGGGGCGCAAGACGGGGUCGAAGAUGAAAUCCUCUCUGUCCGUUAAAAAGAGAAAGCUUUCCUACGAUGAAGGCUACGAAGGCCAGCAAAGCAGUGCUGGCGAUUCAGAUAGUGAUUAUGCGGCCGUUGACGAGAUCUCUGACGACGAUGAAGACCUCGAUGUCGAGAAGCUUGAAGAACAAAUGAUUCUUGAGUCUGAGGACGAGGGCCACAAAGUCGAUGCCACCACCUUUUCCUCCACAGAUGCUCAUGAUGCCGACGAAUGGGCUGGAUUCGGUAGCUUCGAUGACCACAUCCUUUUCUCCACCGAGCCAUUACUCGAAGAUCACUUGUAUAGCGCAAUGGAGACAUUUGGUGAGACAGAUUUCACGAGCGAAGCAAUCGAAACACCUGUACAAAGACAUGUUCACUUUGUCGUUGAAGAAGACGCCGACUCCGAUUCUUCGAGUGAUAGCACUGACGAUGAAAUUCCCGGUGAUUUCUUGCAACAAGACAGCCUUGACCCGACACUUCGCCGCAUGAUUGACAAUGAUUAUGAUACCGGUAGCAACCAGCGUUACGAAGACAUUUUCGGAGAGUCCGAUUUCAGCCACCCGGCCAAUAUCUACCAUGUCGAGUCGGAUGCAGUUUCAAACGGCUCCAGUGGCUAUGAAACCGAUGAUGGAGAGACUACCGACGAGGAUCUACCCCCGCCAGCCACAAUUACACACCCGCGAUCCAUUCUACGACGAGAUUCCACUUCAUCUCUAACUGCGACUGGAGAAUCUACUAGUCAAAGAUCCAACCCUCCGCGUCGACGUGGACCAAUUAUGGGCACAUUUGUUGCCGACCCUAAAAAACCUGUUGCUCUUGUCGAUGGCUCUGGCAAACACCUUGUCAUCAUUCCUGCAUACGCUUCUUCUCGACAUGAUUGGUUGGAGUCGGCUACUAAUAGCAUGUGCGGAACCGCACAUAACAGCCCUCGGGCCACCACCAUGCAUCUGAUCGAUGAAAGUGACACUGAUGCUCUUACUUCGCCGAAUGGGUUUGAACUAAAUCCCAUGCUAAGCUCCGGUAAUCUGAUGAUGACUGCUUUGGGCAACGACGCCACACCUGGCGGGCAAGUUAUGGGCCCACCUGAAGCGUUUUAUCCAUCCCAAACAUUUGCUGGAGAUAGUUCAUAUGACGAGGAGGAUGAUGAAGACGAUGAGCGCAUGCUGAACGUUGACGACUUCAUUGAUUUUGGCAAUGGAUCAUCCGAUGAAGAAGACGAAGAUGAGGAAGAGGGGCCAAUAAGUAAGACUUCUGAUGACGAAGGUCACACUACAUCACCAGCUGUAGCCUCAUCCGUUCAAGGCUUGGGCACUCCGACACCGAGCCGAGCCAACACCUCCAACAGUGCUGAACAAUUUCUCAACCAUCUUGAUAAAGGCAUUGUGACUGCAUUCCGUCGAAAUCACGCCCGAUAUCAGACUCUAAUUCGCCUUCCUCAGCAUCGAGAAUUUAUGCCAGCCAAUUCACCAUCUCGGGCUGCUAGUGUAUUCAAGCACUCGCGAUAUUCUGAUCCGCGUACGCCGCCUCGUAAACGCAAGGCCAGUCAAUAUACAGGCGGUGAAGCAGUGCGGCGUAAGCUCAUUGAUGGCCACCGACGCAACCAGCUCUCCUUUUAA